AUGAAGAGUAUGGUAUAUGAUGCGAAUGUCGAUGCUGAGCCCAAGAACGGGAAUAGUGUCAGCCCGAAUCGUUUCAUGAUGAGCAGAAUGAGUCUGCAUGCCGCGUUUCCCGGUCCGAGCCUCGCGACUGCGCCUACACGAUGCGGGCUACGGCUAUGCUCAGCUCCACGCAGGGGUCAUGCUGGCUACUACAAGCUGAGUUUGCCGUCCAGCAUCCUUCGUGCGGAGCCUGAAGAUACGUCAGGUUUGGAGACACCCAAGGAAGAGCCUCCACUAGCUGCAACGAAGCCAGAACCUCAGGCUGCCAAGGAUCCAGCUGUUCAGAGGGGUCAGGUGGUUGCCAUCAUCACUGGAGGCAUAUCGCUCGCUAUUGCCGUAUUCUAUCUUGCCCUCGUGCAAAUUUUGGACGUCCGGGGAGGAGAAAUGCUCCCACCUCCUCCAGAGGCACUCAACAUCGAUUGUAUUGACUGCUCCCUCUUACUGCGUCGGUGA